UCGGGCCAGUUGAUUUGAGGAAAUUGAGAAGUUCUGAGUGACGUUUUUCUUUCUUCUGAUUAACUCUUAAUUGAAGUGCGUAACUUCACAUAUGAACUGUUGCUGGUUGAGGUUUUAGUUCUUCCGGAAAAUCAAACGUUUUCUUGUGAGCGGAAAUGGCGACAGACGGAGCUGGUGGAGACAGACAGACGGACGGAGACGUGGAAGGAGACUGCAGGAAGGUCGGCGUGCUGGUGGGCGAGGCCGAGUUCAAGGCGUCCUGUGCCAAAGAGGUGGCUCUGCUGGCCCUGAUGGAGAAGACGGGGUACAACAUGGUGCAGGAGAACGGACAGAGGAAGUACGGCGGACCCCCUCCAGGCUGGGAGGGCCCGCCGCCGCCGCGGGGCUGCGAGGUGUUCGUGGGGAAGAUUCCCAGGGACAUGUACGAAGACGAGCUCGUCCCUCUGUUCGAGAGAGCCGGCAGGAUCUACGAGUUCAGACUGAUGAUGGAGUUCAGCGGCGAGAACCGCGGCUACGCCUUCGUCAUGUACACCAACAGAGAAGCAGCUCAGAGAGCCAUCCAGAUGCUGGACAACCACGAGAUCCGUCCGGGGAAGUUCAUCGGCGUGUGCGUGAGUCUGGACAACUGCCGCCUCUUCAUCGGCUCCAUCCCCAAAGACAAGAGGAAGGACGAGAUCAUGGAGGAGAUGAAGAAGGUGACCGACGGGGUGGUGGACGUGAUCGUGUAUCCCAGCUCCACAGAUAAGAGCAAGAACCGAGGAUUCGCCUUCGUCGAGUACGAAUCCCACAAAGCUGCAGCCAUGGCCAGGAGGAAGCUCAUCCCAGGAACCUUCCAGCUGUGGGGUCACACGAUCCAGGUGGACUGGGCUGAGCCUGAGAAAGACGUGGACGAGGAGGUGAUGCAGCGUGUCAGAGUCCUUUAUGUGCGUAACCUGAUGCUGAGCACCACAGAAGAAACUCUUCGUCAGGAGUUCUCCUGCUUCAAGCCAGGCUCUGUGGAGCGAGUCAAGAAGCUCACCGACUACGCCUUCAUCCACUACCGCUGCCGCGACGACGCCAUCGCCGCGCUGAGCGUCAUGAACGGAGCCCAGAUCGAUGGAGUCAGCGUGGAGGUGACCCUGGCCAAACCGCCUGGGAUCAGAGACGGGAGUGCGGCCGGGAGGGCGUACAGCAGCAGGGGAUACCCGGGAAACAGUGCAGGAGGGGGAGGGGCAGGGAACGGGCCGCUAGUCCUGCACCGGAACAACGGAGGGAUGAUGGGAGGAGCUGUGGACACGUCGUCUCCGCUGAGAUCACACGUGGGGAGUCCGGUCUACAGCCGAACAGGAGACGACCUGGACAGGUGUGUGUUCCCCCUGUUUCCUGGCACUCCCCUCUCGCCCACCAGCCUGCUGGCACUGAAGCAGAGUCAGAUCAGCUCUGCUGUCAGCCUGCUCGACUUCUACUGCCGCAAAAACUACUGGUCCCAGCCGGAGUACCACCUGUACUCGACGCCGGGGCAGGACGGCAAGCUGCUGCUCCUCUACAAGGUGGUGAUCGCAUCAACACGAAGCACGUACAUCCCUGACAGGCUGUGUACGCUGCUGGAUGACGCCAGAGAGCUGGCAGCACAGACGGCCCUGUGGAACCUGGACUCGUCCUUGCUGAACGGAGCAUCCUGUGACUCUCCCAGCAGUUCCUCCCCUCCGCUCGCCGCGCCGUCACCCGCCACCAGCCCUGGGCUGCAGAGCGGCGGCAGCGGCAGAACCUUCACCUCCUGCCUUUCCCCUCCUCCUCCUCCCCUGCCCUCAACCUACCCCGUCUCCCCCCUCUCCUCCCUGUCCACGCUUGCCGGCCCUCCUGCCCAGACACAGAGGCUCUACAUCAGCUCGCAGUCGCCUUUCUACUGACGUGAUGUGAUGCUGUGACGCGUUGCAGGAGGCCUGAGGUUCGGCGGCGAGGGGACAACCCGAGGACAGGAAGGAGAAACGGCAGGACCGUCUUUAUGGUGACCACAGCCCGCGUCACCCGACAGUGUGAGUCUGGCUCGCUUUCAGAGCCCUCAGAUGGACCAGCACAAACUGUUCAUGUCUUCAUGUUUGUUUCACUCCUCCCUCCGUUAGAGACGAGGGAGCGAGAGGAAGACGAUGUUUAGUUUCCGCUCGGCUUCUUCUCUCCUUCGCCUCUGAUUUCCAAAACCAAAAAAGAACCGAGAUAGACGCUGUUUAGGUUUCACAAAAACACAACCCUGUCUGAUAAAAAGUCUUUCCUCCUCCUCCACGUUCACAUCCAGAUGAGGACAGAGUUGGCCCAAAUGUCCCGACCGUCUCCCUGUGACACGACUUUCACAUUAAAGGGGGAUUCUGGUAUUUUUUUUCGGCACAGGCAAACAUUGUCAAGGGCUGGAGAGAUUAAAAACAGCCCUUUUGACGACAUUAGAGUCUGAUUUCCCUUUCCUUUCAUCCUCCCAUUACACCACUCCUCUCUGGAGGGAUGAAAAGGGAGGGAGAUGAGGGAGGAGCGGGAGGAGGAGGAGGAGGGCUGCCUUCACUUUCUUCUUCUUCCAGGGGAAUGUUUGUAGCUGCGGAUGCCUGUCGUGUGUGUGUGUGUUCACCUGACUUGUGUGAGCGUCCGAGGACGGAGGAGGACGGCAGCCGGUUGUUUGAUGUCUCUCAUUAAGUGAUGUUCGGGGCCUCCGGUCAUCGCAGACCAAUCUUCAGCUCGGCACAAAAAGAGCGGGAAGUUCCUCUGCGUGACCCACUUCGCGGCUGCGUUUCUGUGCGUUCUUAAGAAAAAUAGGAGCGUGAAGCCACAAAAAGCCUCUGACAGCAGAGUUUAGAUCCUUCAGGCAAACUUCUUUCUUGUUCUUGCUGUGCUGACUUACAGCAGAGUCACUGAGAAGCUUUUUCCUCUUGGUGCUUUCACAGCGGCAGCAGGAAGCUCUGAGCAGCUGACGAGCUUCGUCGGCCUCUGACGGGACACAAAUUAGAAACUUAGUUAAACGUUAGUACGUUUAAACUCCACGUAUUUUAAUUUGACGACCUUUGUAUGUAAAUGAAUGAGCGAUUUUUAAGCUUGAUGAAAGCCCACAGCUGAAUGAGGUCAGUAACUUCCUUCUGAGACGUGGAGGGCAGGAUGGGAGCAGAAAGUGUUUCUUUCUUAAUCAGAGGUAAAGAGACAGGAAGCAGAGCGUGACUUUGUGCUGUUUUCACGUCGGGCUCAGCUCUGAUGGCUUUAAGCAGUUUUAUUGAUCUGUUGGAAGUCGUCUCAGCAGGUCGUUGGCAGAAACCAUUUUCUGAUGUUUGAUUUGUUCCGACCGCGAAUCGUUUCAGUUCAGCUUUAAGUGCAUGUUUUUUAAAUGUUUGAAUCCAGCCUGUGUUUCAGUCUGCUGCUGUCAGUUUUCUUCAGUGUGAUGUGAUGCAUAGAAAAUCUGUGAAGUUCUAUGAAAUCUACAAAAUGUGCUCGACUGUGUUGACACGAGAGAAGACGUCGAGCUGCCGUUUGUCUCUUCUGAAGUGUCACAUCUAAUUGGAUUCCAGUUUGUCCCUGUUGUGUUUACUCAGUGACCCGACUCAGAUCCUUCUGGUUUGAAUUUGUGUUGGUGCUAACCAGUUUACUGAUUCAUCAAAAGCUUAAUAAAGAUGUGUACAACAUGUGAUCAGCAUCAGGAAAGAGGAAAUCUGUGAGAACUAAACACACUCUGUUUGUGCAAGUCAGUGUGAGAUUUGGCUCAUGAAGUUUACGUCACAUCCACUGGAAGGGAAAAGCAACGAUGAAGUGAAGUCAGCCUUUGUUUGUGUGAGCGCUGAAGGCUCCGCCGCACUUUGUGUUCUGGAAAUAAAACGUUUGACCCAUUCA